AUGACGUGCAUCGCCGUGUACUUGGUGAUUCUCAGGAAGCCACGGAUACAGCUGGAAAAGUGCCGGUCAACGCCCUGCCUCGAACACGCCAAGAGACUGCUCGCUUCGCUGAACAGCAGCGUGAAUCCCUGCAACGACUUCUACGCAUUCACCUGUGGUCGUUGGCAAAACAGCUCUACCGAGAAGUCCGUCCAAGAUGUCAUGAACAAAAAGGCGAUGCAAGAGGAGAUUCAAGAGGUGAGCACUGACCUUUGGCAGCAAGGGAGGGCUAGCCGUCUCUACCACGACUGUCUGAGUCCAGAGCCAAGCCACAUUGAAACCGACUUGGUCGCGCUCAAAGACACCAUGAAGGACUUGCUCCUCACCUGGCCAAUGGAAGAGCCUCAACCCACGGACGUGCAUCCUUUGGGCGUGAUGGUUGAAAUGGCCUUAAAAUGGGACAUUAACUUCGUAUUCGGGCUGGAAGCUUCCCGCACGAAAUCCAUGGGGAAGAUCUUGGUGAUCCGGAAAGCAUAUAGUAGAGCCGCGUGGGUAGAUCGCUUCGAAAAGUCCACGAGUCCAGAGGAUUACGAACGCAUAGUCAGUGCGCACUUGUCUUACGUUGGUGCUAACCUAACGAAUACAAAUAGUACGCUCCUGCAGGAGCUUGAAUACUCGUUUAUGGCGGCUAAAUUUCGCAAAGCUCGGGGCGCGCAAAAGUGGUUCAUACUGGCCAAGAUAAGUGACGAGACGCCAUCGUUCGACUCCGCCAGUUGGCUGCAACAUCUCUGGCGUCACUCUGAAGACUCUGUUUCGAAGUGGUCAUCCCAUGACAUGGUGCAACUCGAAGACGCCAACAUACUGGCCGACGUGGAGGGGCUGUUCAAGAAGCACACUCACGUAGAACUUCUAAUUGGCAUUGCGUGGAUGUUCUUGCAGUCCCACUUGUGGGCUGUCGUUGGCAAACCGGAACUGAUGUUUCACGAUAACGUGGAGGACAAGAAAAAGCACGCUUGCCUCGAGUACGUCGACUCGCGCUUUGGUCUUCUCUCAUCUGUAAGUCAUUUACUCAAGCUGUACCCGACGAACGACGCUCGUCGCGAGGUACUGGACUUUUUGCUCAGUCUCAAGAGCGAGUUCGAGAUUCUGAUGAAAAACAGCUCGUGGAUAGACGGGCAAAGUAAGCAUACAGCCGGACAGAAGAUAGCCGCGAUGAUGCUGACUAUAUUACCAGCCGAGCGAUUUUUCGCUGCUCAGCAGCGUGCUGUUCUGUACGAAAGAUUCCCAUCCAUGAACAGUUCGGGGUUUUUCGAGGGCUGGCUGCAGGCAUCGGUGACCUACCAAAAGCUUCACGGCGACGAGCGCUACCGAGAUGUGUACAAAAAGAGGCGCACUUUACUGUACGAGCCGUAUUCGUACUCCUACUUGGAGAAUUAUGUCAGCGCUGCCACGGUUUCGCUGGAACCUCCAAUGUUCUACGAAAGAGCACCCCUCAUGAUUAAUUACGGCGGCGCGGGAGUACAGGUUGCCCGGCAGAUCGCGAAAAGCUUCGACCCGCGUGGCGUUAACGUGGACGACCGCGGCGAGACCAUCUCCUGGUGGGGAAAGCAGCAAUCGGGCGAAUACAGGAGCCGUGUCACCUGCCGCUUGGGUGAAGGAGCGCCCGCGUCGAUGGGUGUGCUACCCACGAUACCCGCUAUAGAGGCAGCUUUCUUCGCUUACCGGGCCGUUCUGUACAAAUUGCAGGCCCGCCUUGGGUUUAUUGCAGACCUCAGAAUUCCGGGCCUGGAAAAGUACAACGAUGACCAGGUGUUCUUCAUGACUUACUGCUAUACGCUGUGCUCGAGGAAGGGUGACAAGAGGGCAGAACUCGAGUGCAAUGUGCCGCUCAGGCACUCUCACGCGUUCGCUAGCGCCUUCCGUUGCCCUGGAGGAUCCCCAAUGAGCGCCGAGGAAAAGUGCACGUUCUUUACUUGA